AUGGCAAACUUUGCAAACAGUGUGUCCCUUCCUCAAUUGACAAAGAAAGUCAACUUUGAUAAUUGGAGUGUGCAGAUGAGAGCUCUUCUUGAAUCCCAAGACGUAUGGGAUGUAGUGGAGAGUGGGUACGAAGAACCCACAGACGACGAAGGACAGACGGUUGCCCAACUUGCAGCGUUGAAGAAAACGCGUGUGAAGGAUAAAUCAGCUCUAUACAUAUUGUACCGAGCUGUGGAUGAAUCUGGCUUUGAGAAGAUAGUAAAUGCAAAAUCUACAAAAGAAGCAUGGCAGAUUCUGGAGAAAGUAUACAAAGGUGACAACCGAGUCAAGCAAAUCAGGCUCCAAACUCUUAGAGGCGAGUUUGAAAGUUUGAGAAUGGAGGAAAAAGAAAGAGUAACCGAGUAUAUAUCUCGGGUGGAAGCAGUGGCAAAUCAAAUCUGUAGAAACGGAGAGGAGUUACCAGCCAGUCGGGUUGUGGAGAAAAUUCUGAGAUCGUUAACAGAUGAUUUUGAGAGCAUUGUGUGUGCCAUUGAAGAGUCAAAGGACUUGUCAAAACUCUCGGUUGAAGAGCUUGCAGGAUCUUUGGAGGCGCACGAACAACGGAGAAGAAAGUUGUAUCAACCACUUGAUCAGGCACUUCAGACAAAGUUUGAUCUGAGGAGAGGAGCUCGGAACACUCAAGGCCGAGGUGAUCCUGGAGGAAGAGGCCAAGGACGAAGUGGUCAAGGACAAAGUGAUUAUGAAGAUGAGGAAGAGCAAACCGGUCGACAGAAUUGGCGUGCGAGGACAAUGGAAAGGCCGAGGAGAUCGGUCAAGGCUGAGAAAAAGGAGGAGAUGAAUCUCCAUACAGAGGAAGCGGAGAAAGAAAGUGAAGAGUUAGGAAUUUUGUUGAUGGCAAGGAGCCCAGACGCAACGUUGCCGAGAAAGAGCCCGGACACUGCAUUGAGGAGUUGGAGAUCGAAUGCUGAACUGUGUCCAAGUUGCGUGAAGAUGUGGAAACCGGAUGCCGAGAUGCGUCCGAGGUGUGAAGAGUUGUGGAGAUCGGAUGUCGAGACGCAUCCAGAUUAUGCAAAGUCAUGGAGAUCAGACAGUCCAGAAAGGUGUUUGGUCAGUUUGUAUAGCUCGAAGGAGCUUGUAGAGAGCGUGGUGGAUAGCUCAACAGAAAGCACAAUGGAGAGUUUGCUGAUGAUUUUGCCAGAUAGCGUAGAGGAGCAGGUGGAGAGUCCGGAAAGUCCAUCAGAGAAAGUGGGAAACUCAGAUUAUGUUUCUGUAGAGAAAUUUCAAAAGGUUCUUGCAGAGCUGGAUCGAGAGCGUCGAGCCCGUGUUGCCGCGGAAAAUACGAUGUCCGAAUUGCAUGAUUCAUUAAAGCAAUUAAAGAUGAUGGAUCAGGAUGCCACAAAGAAGCGUGAUAAAAUUGACCACUUAGGAGAUGAUAUUUUUCGUGAGAAGAAAGAAAUGACGAAGCAACUAGAAGAAAGUGCAACGGAAAGUGUCACACUGCGAUCGGAGGCUGAAAACUUCAGCAGUAUGGCGAAUAAAAUAGAUGAAAGUGUAGAGAUGAAUCCAAUUAGUGAAAAAUCAGUUAUGGUCAAGAAGAAGAGAGUCAAGGUCAAGAAGAAGACUACCGAAGCAAAAGAGAUGUUCGACAGGAAGAAUCCAAGUAAUAAUGGAAUGAGUAAAUUUGGUGUAGGAUGA